AUGGAUUCUAAUUCAACAUAUAUUCAACAAUCAGUGGCUACUUCAAUUGUUUUACCUAUCAUUUAUAUCUUUCUAUGCAUUCUAGGACUUUUGGGAAACAUACUCUCACAAUGGGUAUUUUUAAGAAAAAUUACUAGGAAAACAUCAACACACAUGUAUUUAACAAAUCUGGUGACUGCAAAUUUGCUUGUAUGUAGUGCUAUGCCUUUUGUGAGUGCCUAUUUCAUGGAAGGAUCUACAUGGAAAUAUGGGUCAACACAAUGCAAUGUAGUCAAUUUUUGGGGUACUCUGUUCUUGCAUGUCAGCAUGUUCAUCAGUCUUACCACUUUAAGCUGCAUUGCCAUAAGCCGUUAUGCUACCCUCAUAAAAAAAGACCUCACCCAGGAAGAGAAUGCCUCAUUGUAUGAAAAAAUAUUUUAUGGACGCAUACUAAAAAAAUUCUGCCAGCCCAACUUUGCCAAAAAGCUGUGUGGCUUUAUAUGGGGGGUUGUAUUGGCCACAGUAAUUCCAGUUACUAUAUAUUACUCUGCUGUGGAGCUUUCUGAAGAAAAUGGGAAAAUGUGCUACAGUGAAGUGGCAGAAUGUGGUGCGGAAAUUUCUGGGACUGCAAGACUUGUUGGAACUGCAUUUAUUGGUUUCUGUUUUCUAGUGGUAUUGCUAUCAUAUUAUUCUUUUGUUAGCUAUCUGAAGAAAAUAAGGAAAAGCACAUCUAUUACAAAGAAAUAUUCCACUUACUGUUCAGUAAAAAGACACCUUUUAGUCAUUCAAUUUCUACUGAUAGUUUGCUUUCUUCCAUAUAGUAUUUUUAUGCCCAUUUUUUAUGCCCUAGCCAAAUCAAAUGACAGACAACGACUAGGGCAUUUAGUGGAAAUAAAAAAUUUCCUCAUCUGUCUUGCUGCUGCCAGAAGUAGCACAGAUCCCAUUAUAUUCCUUUUACUAGAUAAAACAUUUAAAAAGACACUAUAUAAUCUCUUUAGAAAGGCCAAUUCUCCACAUUAA